AUGGCCGCGGCUAUCGCCAGCUCGCUGAUCCGGCAGAAGCGGCAGGCCCGGGAGUCCAACAGCGAGCGGGUGACCACGUCCAAGCGCCGCUCCAGCCCCAGCAAAGACGGGCGCUCCCUGUGCGAGAGACACGUGCUGGGCGUCUUCAGCAAAGUGCGCUUCUGCAGCGGCAGGAAACGGCCGGUUCGCCGGAGACCAGAACCCCAGCUGAAAGGAAUUGUGACAAGGUUAUUCAGCCAGCAGGAAUACUUCCUGCAGAUGCACCCAGAUGGUACGAUUGAUGGGACCAAGGACGAAAACAGCGACUACACCCUCUUCAAUCUAAUUCCCGUGGGCCUUCGUGUGGUGGCGAUCCAGGGGGUGAAGGCAGGUCUCUACGUCGCCAUGAAUGGCGAGGGAUAUCUCUACAGCUCAGAGAUUUUCACACCAGAGUGCAAAUUUAAGGAAUCGGUCUUUGAAAACUACUACGUUAUUUAUUCUUCCACACUGUAUCGGCAGCAGGAGUCUGGACGAGCGUGGUUCCUGGGGCUCAAUAAAGAAGGUCAAAUUAUGAAGGGGAACCGGGUGAAAAAAACCAAAGCCUCGUCCCAUUUUGUACCCAAACCCAUUGAAGUGUGCAUGUACAGAGAGCCAUCGCUGCAUGAAAUUGGAGAAAAACAAGGACGCUCAAGAAAAAGUUCAGGGACACCAACCAUGAACGGAGGCAAAGUUGUUAACCAGGACUCGACAUAA